UUUCGCAUGUUCACUACUUAACUCGUUCUACGUACAUAGAUAGCGCGUUCGCGUGUUGUUGCUCACCGGUUUGUGCAGAUAACGUGCCAGUUCACUCAAAACUCUCAUAACAGUCAGUCAGAGGCUUAUGCAAGCAAGAUUUCGAUCUUGCGCUGUUUUCUAUUGUGUUACGUGUAAAGAAAGUUUCUAAUCAUGUCAUCGCCGAUGAGGAUGGCUUUGGGUGGAAGGUUGUUAGUGAUGGCUGCAAGAAACUAUGCAACCAAACCCCAACUCAAUGAAGUCGUCAUCGUGAGCGCUGUGCGCACACCGAUGGGUUCCUUCCAAGGCAGUCUUGCACCUCUAUCAGCUCCACAAUUAGGCAGUGUUGCAAUCAAAGCCGCCAUUGAACGAUCUGGCAUCGCCAAAGAAGAAAUCAAAGAAGUUUUCAUGGGUCAUGUAUGUCAGGGAAGCGCAGGGCAAGCGCCUGCACGUCAGGCAACUCUAUUCGCAGGUCUGCCUGAGUCCACCAUUUGCACUACUGUUAACAAAGUCUGCGCAUCCGGUAUGAAAUCUGUAAUGUUAGCUGCACAGAGUAUUCAGACCGGCGAUCAAGAUGUUUGUCUUGCUGGUGGUAUGGAAUCGAUGUCAAAUGUUCCAUAUUACAUGAAACGUGGACAAACCCCGUAUGGUGGUAUUAAUCUCAUCGAUGGCAUUGUUUUCGACGGUCUAACAGACGUAUACAACAAAUUCCACAUGGGAAACUGCGCGGAAAACACCGCGAAGAAAAUGGAACUCACGCGGGCGAUGCAGGAUGAGUACGCGAUCAACAGUUACAAGCGAUCGGAAGCAGCAUAUCAGAACAAAGCAUUUGAAAAGGAAUUGGUGCCUGUUCCAGUGCCACAGAAACGUGGACAGCCCGAUAAAAUCUUCGCUGAAGAUGAAGAAUAUAAAAGGAUUGAUUUUGAUAAGUUUGGUAAACUAGCGACUGUUUUCCAGAAAGAAAAUGGAACUGUUACAGCUGGUAAUGCUUCUACGUUGAACGAUGGAGCUGCUGCGUUGAUUUUAACAAGUCGUGAAGCUGCUGAUCGCUUGGGAUUGAAACCUCUGGCGAAAAUUGUUGGUUUUCAUGAUGCUGCAACUGCCCCGAUUGAUUUCCCGCUUGCACCAGCCAAGGGUAUUCCUGGUUUGUUGGAAAAAACAGGAGUUAGUAAAGAUAGCGUUGCAAUGUGGGAAAUCAACGAAGCAUUCAGCGCUGUAGUUGUGGCGAAUCAGAAAAUUUUGGGUUUGGAUCCGGCCAAGGUGAAUAUUCAUGGUGGUGCUGUCAGUCUGGGUCAUCCUAUUGGUAUGUCUGGAGCGAGAAUUAUUGUUCAUUUGGUGCAUGCUUUGAAACAAGGAGAGAAAGGCGUUGCGUCGAUUUGUAACGGCGGCGGUGGUGCUUCGUCGAUCAUGAUUGAGAAAUUGUAAGUAUGGUUGUAAUUAUCUGCAACGAAUAAUGUGGAAAAUCAAUGCUGGGUUCUUUGGACCGACAAUAAAAUGAUGAUUCAGGUGUUUUUAUACGUGGGAUGCAUUUCUUGGUUUAUCUCAAAUACUUUUAUAAACACUGUUACAAACUCAUAUGAAAUGUAAACUUUUUAUGCUGAGAAUAUAUUUUAAACAAAUGUUUCAAUAAUAUAAGUAAAAUAUAUCAUGUUUUUUGCUUGUUA